AACUUCCUGGUCUGGCCAGUUGUUAUAAAGAGAGGACUGAGAGCAUUGAGGUGAAGACCAUGGCAGGCAGAAUAUCUUAAGAAGCGGACGCCACCUACACUCACCAAUAGCAUUUAAUGGGAGCAACAGAUGUUACUUCAUAUUAAUUCACAUCCAGAUCCUGAACUUAUUUUAAGAUUUUCAGGGUUAGCACUGUAAUAAUGAGCAAAGAUAGAAAUCAGGUUACGGAGAGGAUCCUGGACUUAACCUUGGAGAUCAUCUACCUGCUGACUGGAGAGGAUUAUGUACUUGUGAAAACACCUGCUGACCCAAAUUGUCUCAGUCCUUAUUAUUCUGAAGACGUCUCUAACACCAUGCCACAUUCAGUGGUACAAAAAAGAAACAAUGAGCAGAAGGUCCUGGCACUGACCAAUCAGAUCAUCCACCUGCUGACUGCAGAGGUACCUAUAAGGUGUGAGGAUGUCACUGUCUAUUUCUCCAUGGAGGAGUGGGAGUAUCUGGAAGGACACCGAGAUCAUUACAAAGACGUAAUGGUGGAGACUCAACAGCUUCCCAACUCAGUGGGUGAUGUGGAUGCCAAUAUUCUCAAAGAACUUCCAACUCUUUCAUCACCCGUUUGUAUAAUCGAAGAUCAGAGCAAUAUUUAUACUGAGCAAGGGACAUGUGGUUUGCGUAAAAUUAAACUACGAGAUGAAUUCGGAGACUCUGUUGCAGAAAAUCUUACUAUUGCAUGCCAAGAAGGGGAUCUUCCUGACGUGAAUACGUCUACAGAACAUACAAAUACAAAGGACAAAUUUUCAAAUGCAAAGGAGGAAUCAAGUUCAUGUGAAGAAGGAAAUCGCAUUGACAUUUGCACACCCACAGACCAUACACCGACAGGAUAUAUAGCUGUCCAUAUUAAGGAACAAUCAAACGUUUGUGAGGAAGCAAGUCAAACUAACUCAAAUCUUGUUACAUGUCAAAGCACUUAUGAAGAAGACGAUGCACUGUCAUGCUUAGAUUGUGGUGAAUGUUUUCCAAACAGACCAUCUCUCAUUUUGCAUUACAGGAUUCAUGCUGGAGAAAAAACAUUUUCAUGUUCUGAAUGUGGGAAACGGUUUGCCGAUAAUGGCAAUCUUGUUUUGCACCGACGAAUCCACACAGGAGAGAAACCAUUUCAGUGUUUUGAAUGUGGAAAAUCUUUUCUUAAUAACUCAGCUCUUAUUACACACGAAAGGAUUCACACAGGAGAGAAACCAUUCUCUUGCUGUAAAUGUGGGAAAUGUUUUGCUAAUAGUGCUAAUCUUUUUUCUCAUCAAAAAAUCCAUACAGGGGAAAAGCCAUUUUCCUGCUCCGAUUGUGGGAAAUGUUUUACUCACAGUUCGGCUCUUCUCAGACACCAGAGGAUCCACACUGGAGAAAAACCGUACACUUGUUUUGAAUGUGGGAAAUGCUUUACCAAUAAUUCCCACCUCAGUCGACAUCAGAGAACUCACACAGGAGAAAAGCCAUUUUCAUGUCCUGAGUGUGGAAAAUGUUUUGCUGAUAACUCAAACCUCAUUAUACAUCAGAGACUUCACACAGGAGAGAAACCGUUCUCUUGUCCUGUGUGCGGAAAAUGCUAUGAGUCCAAGGGCUCUCGGAAUAGGCAUUACCGAAUUCAUAAAGGAGAAAGAACAAUAGAAUCCCACUAAUGGGUAGAAGUUACAUUGAUUUUGAUGCUUACUUAACUAGACCGCUCAUAAGCAUUAGUUCACAAACUCCUAAAAUUAUAGAAAUGAAUAUAAUCAUGUUAAUUUACAAUUCAUAGUUUGUAGGAAGAUUUCAUGGUAUGACUAUGUCUGUCCAAGGAUGAGUGAGCUCUUUAUCAUGACAUCUGAAACCAAACAGAAUACAGUUAGUAUAUAUGUCUCCAUAGGUUGAAUAUCAGUGUUCUAGGUCACUUCCGCAUAGUAAAGCCGUUACAAAUGGUCAACUUUCUAAAAUACAACUGCUCGUAACUCUCCUUACUUUGUAAAGAUCACAAACACUACCCUGGCGUCUCCGCUACAGUUUAGACACGUUAUCAUCUGUGAGUUUCUUUCACUAACCUCCUGCACAGCUAACCGCAAUAGUAAGCACUAACACUCAGUACUGUGAGUCGUGUGCAGGAUAUACAGCACUGAUAGAUCCGGCUAAUAUAGGAUAUUCUAUCUUUCCAAACCACUGGCAAUUCUCUAUGAGUACUGGACGACAAACAGCACUAUACCUGGAUAAUUCAAGAGUCAAACAAGCUCCUUGUUGUUUAAUCAUGAACACACAUAUUUGUGGUUUGUAGACAGAAUA